AUGGCCCCCCUCAUCGACGACUCUAUGCCCACCCGCAUCCCACCCGACUCACCAGACAAUGUCCGCGACGUCCUCUACCACGCCUGGGCCCACGACCUAGGUGGACUGAAGGCCAUCCUGAAAGUCCGCAGUGACGCCCCCCGGGCCCAGGACCCCAAGACGGGCGAGACGCCCCUCCACGCCGCCAUCCGCGCCUGCGGACCUGCCGCCCCCGCCACUGAGGACGACGACGAGGGGAGCGGACGAGAGGAUGAUGACGAGCGGGAAGAUGGCUGCGUGGAGGAAGCCCGAGACGUCGUCCAGGAGCUCUUCUACUCGGGCGCCAUAUGGAACGACGUCGACGACAACAACGAGACGCCGGGGUGCGUGGCCAGACGUCUGGGUCGCAAGACCCUGUACGGUAUGUGCGUCGACGCCGGCGUCCGCGCCGAGAUGCUGUUUGCCCUCAUGGGAGAGUACGAAGAGCUGGCAUCCGAGGGUGGGGACGACACCGAGGAUGGUGCCGAGGAUGCUGAGAAGGAGGAGGAGGAGGAGGAGGAGGAGGAAGAGAAGGAGACGAGCAAUGACGACGACGACGACGUUGACAUGGGCGGUGGCGAUGCUGCCGUCACCUUUGUCCCCCCCUCCAUCGACGAGAAGCCCGUCACAAGUGACCAGUACCUGCAGUCCAACCUGACCUACGACGAGGGCAAGCUAGUAGACGAGGACCUCAACGGCGUCAUGAUGGCGUGGGAGACGGACAUUAUGCGGCGGUCCGUCGCCGCCCUGCUGCCCCCCGAUGCCGGCCGAGGCAGGCGCAUCCUCAACAUCGGCUUCGGCAUGGGCAUCAUCGACGGCAUGUUCGCCGAGCACGCCCCCUCACGCCACCACAUAAUCGAGGCCCACCCCUCGGUGCUGGGGCACAUAUCCUCCAGCCCGGACUGCGCGUUCGGCCCGGCCUGGGAGGCCUCCGGCCCCGGGGAGGGGGCCUUCAAGGUCCACGCUGGCCGGUGGCAGGAUGUGGUCCCCCGGCUCCUCAAGAGCGGCGAGGUCUACGAUGCCAUCUACUUCGACACCUUUGGCGAGGACUACGCGCAGCUGCGCAACUUCUUCACAGAGAUGAUCCCCGGCUUGCUCGACAUGGAGGGCCGCUUCAGCUUCUUCAACGGGCUCGGCGCCGACAGGCCCAUCUGCUAUGACGUGUACACCAAGGUUGUCGAGAUGCAUGCCACCGAGGCCGGGCUCGACGUCGAAUGGGACGAGAUCGACGUUGACAUGUCCACCCUGUCGCAGGAUGGCAAGGGAGACUGGGAGGGUGUCCGUAGGAGGUAUUGGACUCUCGACAAGUACAGGUUGCCCGUGUGCACCUUCAUGGGUUAA